GUACGACCCACGUCGCACCAGGAAGCUUUCGCGUUCCCGCUCCUUUGCGCAUGCGCCCCCUCGCUGUUCUGUUGUGUGCGUUAAGUGACAGUGGCCACACUGACAGUACGAGGGGGACUGACCCUCACCGUUUGAGAUAUCAUGACUCAAUUCUUCGGUCGUCACAUGUGCUGAGCGGGCAGCCACCGUUACCUCGGCUGUGUCUGCCACUGUGUCUCGUUUUCCCCGCCGUCUUGUACACACGGGUGCCGGGAGAAAUGCAGAGAAUAGGGUCCCUGAAAAGUGGCUGGCAGCUGCUGAAGUCGAGCUGCGAGGGAGCAGCAAAACAAGUGAACACCCUGCCUUCGUCCUCGAGAAAUUAUAGCCGUCUCCAUCCUCAGGGCCCCAACUCCUUCGGGCUCCUCUUUGACAUCGAUGGCGUGCUGGUGCGGGGCACGACGCCGAUCCCUGCAGCCAAGCAGUGCUUCAGGAAUCUGGUGGACCGCAAUGGGAAAUACAAGGUGCCUGUGGUGUUUGUCACCAAUGCUGGGAACUGCAUGAGGCAGACAAAAGCUGAACAUCUUUCACAUCUGCUUGAGGUGGAGGUGUCUCCAGACCAGGUGAUGCUGUCCCACAGUCCUUUGCGAAUGUUCACCCAGUUCCACAAAAUGUGUGUGCUGGUGUCGGGACAGGGUCCUGUGGAGGAGGUCGCUCAUAACCUGGGCUUUCAGGAUGUUGUUACUAUAGAUAUGCUCAGAGAGGCAUAUCCUCUUCUAGAUAUCGUGGAUCAUAACAGAAGGCCCAAAGGCAGUAUUCCACCCACCAAAGGCUUACGGCCAAUAGACGCUGUCAUCUUAUUUGGCGAGCCAAUCAGAUGGGAGACCAACCUCCAGCUUAUUGUUGACGUGCUCCUCACAAACGGGAACCCGGACAAUGCUUGGAGUUCCAUGCAGUACCCUCACAUCCCGGUCCUGGCCUGUAACAUGGACCUGCUGUGGAUGGCCGAGGCGAAGAACCCCAGGUUUGGUCAUGGCAUGUUCCUGGUGUGCUUAGAGAGCUUGUACAAGAAGGUCACAGGCUAUGCGCUGCAGUACGAGGCUCUGAUCGGUAAACCCAGCGUGGUGACUUAUAACUACGCUGAGCUGCUGAUCAGACAGCAGGCUGAGAGACUUGGCUGGACCACCCCUGUGAAGAGGCUCUAUGCUAUAGGCGAUAAUCCCAUGGCUGACAUAUACGGCGCCAACCUCUACAACCGCUACCUCCAGGCUUCUCGGUCUACCAAGGCCCAGAAGCAGGCAAAGAGUGGCGGAGGAGGUGUCGAUCCCUCGGCAGAAACUGUUGAUUCCCCUAAAAUGACAUCAGCAGAGCUAGGCGGCGUGACGAGUGUUUACGGGGCCGAGGAGGAACUCCCAGAGGGGUGCAGCUCCAUCCUGGUGUGCACAGGAGUGUACAGCAGAGACCAGCAGGAGCUGCCGUCAGACACAACACACACCGUCACCGAGCAACGCAUCUUCCACGGCCACCGGGACUUCCGCUUUGACCCCAGCCUCACACAGCCGUCCUUCGUGGUGCAGGAUGUAAAGGAGGCGGUGGAGCUGGUGUUCCAGCAGGAGGGAUCGCCUCUGGAGUAGGGCGAGCCUCUCAAGCUCUGGCUCCAUCUCACAGCUUUCCAGUAAACAGCUCUAACGCCUCAUAGCUGGUAAUAGCAGAAUCUUUGUGAAAGUGAUGUUUUUUUUUUUUUUUGUUUUGUUUUUUUAAUAAUCUAAGCCCCUUAAUUAUCACAGGGGAGAUGUAGCUGUCACUGUGGCUAGUUCUUAUAGAUUUUCAUAAAGUGCCAUAGAAUCAGCUGCAAAAGGCAAAAAAAAAGCAGUUUUAACACCAAAUAUAGGAAAGUUACAGACAUUUUAAGUCGGUCAUGCAUGGUAGUCACACACUGCUGCAGUAUUUUUUAUAUUUACCACGAACAGCACACACACAUAACCGUUUCUAACUGCCCUACCUACUUCGUAUAUAUAUACAAGGGCUCAAGUUCAUCAAGUGAGAUGUCUCUCCUUUCUUGCCUUUGUACUGAACAAUCUAUAUCAGCUGUCUUUUAAAAACGUACCGAUUGUCUAGAUGUUGAGUCACAUUCAUUUUUACUGCACUCAGACUUUUAUAAAGUACCUGUAGGUUCAUGGAGGAGAGUUGAGAUGUAGUUAAAACAGUUACCCCCUCAAGCUGCAUAACAUUCAGAUUAAUCCAGAAAGAUCUCUUCAAAGAUAGAUCUGUUGACUAUAGUACAUAUUGUCCAGAUAAAGAUGGGUUUUAUUCUUUGCACAACAGUCUACCUAACUGGGUCAUCUUGCCCCCCCCCCCAGCAGGUCUUAACCAGACCGUUUCUACUUUUUGGAUGUACCAAUAUCAUAUUUCAGCUUGAUUUGUCUUUAACCUAGGGUGAAUAUGUGACCACUAAUGCUGACGAGAUUAAGUGGCCGGGUUUCAGUUUAGUACCGCACCAAUUUUGAUUUUAACCUUAAUCAGGAGUAUCAUAAUUCUAUGUGCAAUGUAGUCUUAUUUUGCUAAAUUGUCAGAAUUAUACAAAGUAACACAGUUCCCACAGAAAUGAAAAGUGCUAUUUUUCACUCAAGUGGUUAUAGUUGUGAAAAUGUUAUGAAUGGUUAAUGUGAAUGUCUGUACUGGAAGACUUUUUUGGGUACUGUAGUGUUUGUGGCACUGUAAAAGCCAUACUGUGUGAAAGAACAAUUAAAAAGGAUGAGAGACACGAAAA